AUGGCUCCAUCGCAUUCGUUAGAAGCUACUAAUGACGGAUGGCUAGAUUGUAUGAUAACGGAGAUACCGGCAGCGCAUAGCAGUCACGAUGACCAUGCGUCAUACGGAGCAGCUUCAGCAUCUGACCGACACCACGAAGACGAGGUUGUUUCGAUCAAGACGGUGUCGUGCUGGCAUCGCUACCUGCUGGGAGAUCUCAUAUUUGUCGUCCUCUCCGUGCUAUCUAUCGGCCUCAUUCCGCUGCUAGCCAGCUGGUUCCCUGCUUUUUACGUCAACCUGCGAUUCAAGCGCGUUCCUCCCGGCGACAUCAACACGGACUACGUGCUGGUGGAGAGUCUCGACGGUAUCCUGACAGUCGCCUCGCUCGAGUCCGUCGAUCCCUGGGCCCCAUCCCGUGGUUGGGUGGACGUCGCGACGGCGCGCACCUGCACCAGCCGUCCGGGUUGCGAGAUCAGCUUCGCGGCCCUUCCUCGAACCUUCCUGUGGCGCAGCGAGCGCUUCUGGUUCGACCCGGCCGCGGCCGCGCGUCUGUUCGACGGCACGCCCAAGUCCGCCACGCGCACAACCGAGCUCAGCAGCACGCCGCUGGUGUGGAAGCGGCACCGCUUCCAGCUCGCCUCCACCCCCGCCGCGCUCCACAAGUAUGGCGCCGCUUGUGCCAUGCAGGAGCCCCGGGGGGCGAGUCACCCAGGAGAUGUGAGUGACUGGGAGCGGCGGCUCCUCACACACGGCCCAAAUAUCCUGCAUGUGCAUGCACCCAGCUUCUGGGUACUGCUGUUAGGGGAGGUGCUGAAGCCGUUUUUCGUCUUCCAGGUGUUCAGUGUGAUUGUGUGGUUCCUGAUCAACUACUACCUCUACUCCUGCGUCAUCAUCUUCCUCACAACCACCUCAGUCGUAUACGAGGCCGCCCAGACCCGCCGCAACAGGCUUGCCAUCAAGCGGCUAGCAGAGACGGACUGUUCUGUGGUGCGGCUGACAGCCCGCCGUGAUUCUGCUGACCCCUCUGUUCCGCCAAGGCUGCAGCCAGAGCAGGUUCUAGCCAGCGCUCUGCUGCCAGGAGAUCUUGUGCAGGUGAGUGGCCACGAAGGGGAGAGUGCACUGCAGGCAGGGCUGAGGGGAGAGAGCGGGGAAGAGAGGAAGGAUGCGGGUGUACGCGCACUGAUGGGAGUCCCAGCAUGCAUGCGUUUUGCCACCAGAGCUACCUCUCCGUUUCUCCAUUAUUCUUCCCCAUUAACACCCCACUCAUCGGCCGUCUCCUCUCUCUCCAACGUUCUUUUUUUCCAGGUGGAGGCGGGGAUGGUGCUGCCAUGCGAUCUGGUGCUGCUGGCAGGCCAGUGCGUGCUCAACGAGUCCAUGCUCACUGGCGAAUCCGCUCCUGUGCUCAAGACGGCCCUGCCUCUUGAUUUCUCUGGACAAGCGCAGAGCCUCCGGCCAGGGUCAGAGGCUGACUCCAAGUACCGUCUGCUCUCAGGCACAGAGGUGCUGCAGACCAGGGCGCUCAGGGUACCGCCCACCCCUCCGCCCACCUGGCCUUCCUCGUCUUCUAGCGGGGAGGCCCCGCCUUGUGUGUGGAACUUCGCCAAUGUGAGCCAAGGACAGCCCAUGCCUGUGACAGCUAUGGUGGUGGGCACGGGGUAUGCGACCUCCAAGGGAGAGCUGGUUCGCGCCAUCAUCUACCCGAAGCCCACGUCGUUUGACUUUGAGCGCAAGCUCUACCUGUUCAUCGUGAACCUCUUCGUCUUCUUCCUCAUUGCCGCCAUCAUCACCGUUAUCUACCAGUACAACAAGGUGAGCACCAGGCAGCUGGUGCUGAGCGUUCUCAACAUCCUCACUAUCACUGUGCCGCCCGCCCUGCCUCUUGCACUCUCCAUCGGUCUCACCACCGCCUUCUCUCGCCUCCAAGCGUGUGGCAUCUUCUGCAUCAACCCGCCUCGCAUCAUCAACGCAGGUCGUGUCAACCUCCUCUGCUUUGACAAAACAGGCACUCUCACACGAGACGGCCUCACCAUCUCUGGGGCCAUCCCCGUCUCCUCCUCCUCCUCCUCCUCUUCUGCCUCCUCCUCGGCCUUCUCCUCCCUCCAUUCUAACCUCUUGGAGCUUUACCACGAGGCUGUGAAGCCCACAGCUGCAUCACCCCAACCUGCCUCAACCGCAUCCAGUCCCACUGCAUCCCUCUGUUACACCCUAGCUGCCUGCCACAGCCUGUCGUUGCUCCACGGUCCUGCCCCCUCCCGCUCAGAUUCCUCCUCGUCUGCUUCUGAUGCGUUUCCCGAGAUGGAAGUGCAUGCAGAGCGGACGGGCAGGGAUGGCUUCUGGAGUAGGCUGAUGCGUGGGGAGUGGGGGUACGAGGGGCCGGCGCUGGCUGUGCUGCGGCGCUUCGACUUUGACUCAGACCUCAGGCGCAUGGCUGUGGCAGUGCUGCACGUGCACCCUGGUGUUGUGAGGAGUGCGGGUGGUGAGGGUGCUGCUGCUGCGCCCAUGUCUCUGCUUGUCAAGGGUGCUCCUGAAAGCAUUCGCCCCCUGUGCACGCCUGCAUCGCUCCCGCGUGACUUCGAGGAGCAGCUCAAGGCUCUCACGCUCGGUGGCAGCAGAGUGCUGGCUGUGGCCUCGCGAUCGCUCUCCCACCUCACACUGCAGCAGGUGGCAGAGGCGAGCCGGGCGGACAUGGAGAGGGAGCUGGUGUUCAGCGGGUUCUUGGUACUAGAGAACCCCAUCAAGCCCGAAACCACACCCGUGCUGCACUGCCUGGCUGCUGCUGGGCUCAGAUGCCUCAUGGUCACCGGAGAUAACCCCCUCACUGCCCUUGCUGUCAGCCGCCACUGUGGUCCGUACCUCCUACACACCACACGCCACCCUUAUCUCAUCGACACAGCCGACGACACCCAGCCAGGUGGCACGGGCUGUGUGAUUCAAGACGUGGUGACACACUGCAGUGUGCCUCUGGACGAUGUGCUUAUAGCGGGGCCCUCUGGUGCCGCCUCUGUGCUGCAAAAGGGCUCUUCAGAUGGUGCUAAGGCUGUUCCACAGCUGGACGCGUCACUCAGAGGAGCAGACCUUGUGGUGACAGGCCGAGCAUUCACAGCACUUAAAGCCCACCACGACCGACUCACCUCGCUCCACAAGCCCCCCCGCCGAUCUUCCUCCCCUUUCUCCUCCUCCCCGGCCCCCUCCUCCUCCUCGUCCGCCCUUGUGCUCGCCCCUGCCUCGGCUGCAAUUACUCCCUUUGAAGCGGUGCUGUCCCGGGCGGGGGUGUUUGCACGCAUGUCACCCAGCAACAAGCAGGACCUCAUGCUUGCCCUCCGUGACCUGGGCUACUCUGUUGCCAUGACUGGAGACGGUGCCAAUGACAGUGCGGCUCUCAAGGCAGCAGACGUGGGCCUCAGUAUUGCCUCCAAGCGCCACUCCACCCUAGCAGACCUCCCCUCCUCUCGCUCCGUCAGCAGUGCAUCAGGAGCAUCAUCAUCAGCAUCAGUGCCACUGGGUCGCAGGUCGUCAGUGGCUGUGGCACGGUCUGCAGCAGCGGCAGCAGACGCAGCAGCAGCAGCUCCCAGCAUUGCUGCACCGUUCUCCACUCAUGUGGCCCACAUAGGAGCGCUUGUUCCGCUGCUGAGGGACGGGCGGUGUGCGCUGGUGACGGCAACGAGCAUGUUCAAGUACAUGAUGUUCUAUGCCAUAGUGCAGACCAUGUCCAUUGUUGUGCUCUACCCACUCGCUCUCGAGCUCACAGACAUGCAGUACCUCUGGGCAGACCUAGGCCUGGUGUUCCCCAUGAUCCUGCUCAUCCCCACCCUCCUGCCGCGCAUGUCUCUCUCUCGUGGCCUGCCCGAGACAAACCUCUUCUCGCUCUCCAUGCUCGUGGGCAUCUACGGCCAGUCCGCCCUCAUUGUUGCCACACAGCUGCUCGCCUCUGCCUUCCUGCAGAGACAGUCAUGGUAUGUGGAGCCAAUCAUUGGCACUCCAGGGUUCAACCGCAAAGUCAACAUCAACACCACUGCAAGCUUUCUCUUCGCCUCCUUCCAGUAUCUCUUCCUGGCUGCUGCUGUCAGUCAGAGCUUUGGCCGCUUCAGAGCACACCUGUUCCAGAGCCCUCUCCUCAUUGCCGUGCUCCUGGUGCAGUUCCUCUGCUGCACCCUCCUCCUGCUCUACCCAUCCGCCGCCGUUCGUGAUGCCUUUGGCCUUGUCGACCUGAGCGCCUAUCCUGACUUCACUAUUUCCAUCUGGGUCUUUGCCAUCAUCACUGGUGUAGCCUUCAUUCUCUUUGAGCGUUUCGCUGUGCGCCACCAGUCCGCCGAGCCUGACACUGUCGACGCUGACGACCUGCUUAGGCAGGCAGCUGAGUGGCAGGCCAAGGAUGCUGCAGCAGGGUUGGCCCCAUCACAUGGCUCAGCACAUGUGUGGAUUGGUCAUGGGGACAAGGAGGAAAGAGGCUCCUGGCAUCCUCUGAAUCGCAUCAUGGCUGCCGUUGCACUCUCAUCGCCUCCGAUCGUCCGCAAUGGCCUUCAGACUUCGGGCUUCCGCAGUGCGAAGCAGAGCUCCUUCCUUGGAUCUGUUCCUGCGCUGCGUGCUGGUGUCGAGCGACCCGUGCUAAAGCACCAUGCGCCGACGGUGCGGAUGAUCGCUGCUCCCGAAAGGCCCACGAUUACCAGCCUGGAGAACGAUAUUGAUGUGCCUCCCAUGCCAUCGUUCGAGGAGUGCUUCCCCUCGAGCACGAAGGAAUACAGGGACGUUGUGCACGAGGAGACGGGGACUGUCCUUCGCGUUCCGUUUCGGAGGGUUCAUCUGUCGGGGGAGGAGCCUCCUUUCGAUGUGUACGACACCAGCGGUCCCCAGAACAUCGACUGCAAUGAAGGUCUGCCAAAGCUGAGGGAGGCUUGGAUCGCAAGGAGGGAAAAGAGGGGGGACAAGUGCUUUACACAGAUGCACUACGCCAAGAAGGGUAUCAUCACUGAAGAGAUGCUCUACUGUGCGACAAGGGAGAAGAUGGAUCCCGAGUUUGUCCGAUCCGAGGUUGCUCGUGGACGGGCUAUCAUCCCUGCCAACAAGCGUCACCCUGAGCUUGAACCUACGAUUGUGGGCCGGAAUUUCCUCGUGAAGAUCAACGCCAACAUUGGGAAUUCCGCUGUCGCUUCUUCUAUUGAGGAGGAAGUCCAGAAGCUGAAGUGGUCGACCAUGUGGGGUGCGGACACAGUAAUGGACCUGUCAACUGGCGAUAACAUUCACGAGACUCGCGAGUGGAUUCUGCGUAAUUCCGCCGUUCCUCUUGGGACUGUCCCAAUCUAUCAGGCUUUGGAGAAGGUGAAUGGCAUUGCUGAGGACCUCACCUGGGAGAUUUUCCGUGAGACGCUCAUCGAGCAGGCCGAGCAAGGAGUUGAUUACUUCACCAUCCACGCUGGAGUUCUGUUGAGGUUCAUUCCGCUGACGGCCGAGCGGCUCACUGGCAUCGUUUCUCGCGGUGGCUCAAUCCAUGCCAAGUGGUGCCUCACAUACCACAAGGAGAAUUUCGCCUAUGAGCACUGGGACGAGAUUCUGGACAUUUGCCGUGAAUAUGACAUUUCUAUUUCGAUUGGAGACGGACUCAGGCCCGGUUGCAUCCGCGAUGCCAAUGACAUGGCUCAGUUCUCUGAGCUGGCCAUCCAAGGCGAGCUGACCCGACGUGCCUGGGAGAAGGAUGUUCAGAUCAUGAACGAGGGCCCGGGACACGUUCCCCUUCACAAGAUUCCUGAGAACAUGAGGAAGCAGCUUGACUGGUGCAACGAGGCACCCUUCUAUACGCUUGGCCCUCUCACUACUGACAUCGCCCCUGGUUACGAUCACAUCACUUCAGCAAUUGGUGCUGCCACCAUUGGCGCCCUUGGUACUGCUCUUCUCUGCUACGUCACUCCUAAGGAGCACCUUGGGCUGCCAAACCGUGAGGAUGUGAAGGAUGGAGUCAUUGCUUACAAGAUUGCAGCGCACGCUGCAGACCUGGCGAAACAGCACCCUUAUGCCCAGGAGUGGGAUGAUGCUCUUAGCAAGGCCCGCUUCGAGUUCCGCUGGCGUGAUCAGUUCAACCUGUCACUUGACCCAACAACAGCUCAGGCCCUCCAUGAUGAGACCCUGCCAGCUGAUGGUGCUAAGCUUGCCCAUUUCUGCUCCAUGUGUGGGCCCAAGUUCUGCUCUAUGCGCAUCACUGAGGAUGUCCGCAAGUAUGCUGCCAAGCACGGCUAUGGGGAGAACGUUGAUGCUGCUGUCCAGAAAGGAAUGGAGGAAAUGAGUGCUGAGUUCCUUUUGGCUAGGAAGCUGACUCUUGCAGUUGAAGAUGGAUGGGAUGCUCCCUCCGUUGAAGCUGGUGACUGGUGCCAGUGCUGGCACUUGAUUCACCUGUUUGGGGUAUCUCCCAUUGAUGUUGUUCCUUUUGAGUAA